UGGUAAAUACAAGAACCAGACUUUAUUUUUAGGACAAAAAAUAUGGAUAAAUGGGGUAUUUUGGUAUUUAGGGUUUUAUUUGUUACUCUCUAAGCUGGCCACGGUUUUGAACCGUUGAUAUUAUCACCACAAGCCGUGGCCCACCUUCACAUAAUCCAUCUUCCACCACAAUUUCCCCUACAACCCCAAUUUCAGAGCCAAAGCAAGAGUUUUUACAUCCAAAAAUCCAAUUUUUAUGAACAUCAGAGAUACUAUAGAAGAGGGUAAUUCAUGAAUAUGCAUGGAUUUGUUCGUUCUUUAACACCCGAUACCCUUCUCUUUAUCCCUCAUUUCUCUUCAACAUCGUUCCUUAUUCUUCAAAAGCAAACAAAUUUAUCAAUUCCCAGAUUCAGAUAUUGCCAAAGAGGUGGUUUUGGCUUUGGUUUUGCCUCAAGACCAUUUGCACCAGUUGUAUUCAGGUAUUACAAGAAGAGAAAUGGUGUUACCCUUUUGAGAGCGAGUUGGAGAGAGUCUCCUUAUGAAGUUUUGGGUGUUUCUCCUUCUGCGACACCUGAUGAAAUUAAAAGGGCUUAUAGGAAACUUGCUCUGAAGUAUCACCCUGAUGUCAACAAAGAGGCAAAUGCACAGGAGAAAUUUAUGAGGAUUAAGCAUGCAUAUAAUAUAUUGCUGAACUCUGAAUCUCGGAGAAGAUACAACUAUGGCAACCGCACAUCUGAUUUUUCGUACUCUGGAACUCAACGAAGUCAGAGCACGAAUGUCCAAGAUGAAGAAUUCUAUGGAUUUGGUAAUUUUUUGAGGGAUGUUCAAAUUACGCUAGAGGACUUCUUUAGAGACCUUCAAGAAGAAUUUCGGAAUUGGGAAUCAAGUUUGUCUUCACAAGAAAAACCAAAAAGCUUGUGGGAGGAAUUAGCGGCUAUUGGAGAGGAGUUUGUGGAAUUUCUGGAGAAAGAGCUCAAUAUAGCUGAUGAAGAAGUUGAAGCAAAAAAUAGAGAUGACUUCAGUACUUCAGAGAAAACAGGAAGCAGUUUUCAAAAUGAAGCUAACAAGGGUAGCAGCAUUGAGGAUAACAUUGAUGAGAUAGAAGCUACUCUUGCUAAGUUGAAAAAGGAACUAGGUUUAUAACAUGGAAAUGCAGCUUUAUAUUUUGCCCUGACACAGACCAACCAUUCUGUGAGCUUACCAUGCAGGGAAGUGAAUUAUCCGAAGUUCACAUGCAAUAUCCAUCUUUUCUUCAAAUCGUUUCCUCCCCCCUGUCGAUGUUUUCAUUACACUGUCGAUGUUUUCAUUACCAAUUUAGAAGCUCAGAGAAAGGGAAAGGUACUUCUACUUUAGUCAGCAUUGAAAGAUUGCUACUUGCUAAUUGCAGUAAUUGUAAAAAACAGGCCUUUUCCCUGACUGUUACCACUUCUUUUCUUGAAAUCGUUUCCUCCCCCCCCCCCUUUUUUUUUCUUCUUUUUCUUGGUAAAGUGGUAGCUGAUAGCAACAUAGUGGUUGACCGUUAUUGUAUGUUGGGUUUGUACCUAUUGUAAUCUGAAAGCAAAU